CAGGGAUCUGUGCUGUGCUGAGGCUGAGCUGAAUGAGAUUGAAGAAGAGUUCUUGUUUUGUAGCUUCAGUUUCUCUGUUUUUACACAAUUUUUUAGUAAACUUCGUCUAAAAUACAGCAACAAAUUCCAGCUCUGCGUGAAGGAGGCGGCCGGACUGUUUGUGUGCUGUUAUUCCAUCGUUGAUCGGCUUCUAAUAGAUAUAUAUUUAAUUAAUCUGGAGGAGGACUGCUGCUGAGGCAGCACAGAGGGGUGGAGUCCAGUUCAACAGCCAGGUGCGGCACGUUCAUGCUUCAGUUGGAUGGUUUUCCUACUGGAGACGGUGUUCAGGCUGAUCGAUCGGCUGGCAGACUGACUGGAUCCAUGAUGGAACUACAGACGUUACAGGAGGCUCUGAAGGUGGAGAUCCAGAUCCAUCAGAAACUGGUGGCUCAGAUGAAGCAGGACCCUCAGAAUGCAGAUCUAAAGAAGCAGCUCCACGAACUUCAAGCAAAGAUCACGGCGCUCAGCGAGAAGCAGAAAAAGGUGGUGGAGCAGCUGAGGAAGGAGCUGCUGGUGAAGCAGGAGCCGGAGGCCAAGCUGCAGCUGCAGGUCCAAACUCCUCCAGCAGGAGGCGACAUGAAGCCGGCCAGCCUGCUGCAGAGCCAGCCCAUACCUGGAGGACUGCAGCAGACGCUGACCGUCACGCCGGUCCUCACCACCAAGACUCUACCUCUGGUGCUGAAAGCUGCCGCCACGCCCGCCCUGCCCGGCUCCAUCCUGCCGCAGCGCUCGCCCACCGUCGCUAUGGUUACCACAGCUAUCACCAAACCUGAUUCACAGAAUGCGCCCAUCAACCUGCAGGUGGUCGGCAAGCCGACCAGUCAGAGUUUGGAGCCUGUGCGGCUGGUGACCAAGAACGCCGUCGUGGUGCAGGCCACCACCACCACCUCCUCCUCUGCCCAGCCAAUCAAAGUUCCUCAGUUUGUCCCUCCUCCUAGACUGACGCCUCGGCCCACCUUUCAGCCACAGCAGGUUAGACCCAAACUGGCCACGCCCACCAACAUUCCCAUUGCCCCGGCCCCUCCCCCUCCCAUGAUGGCAGCUCCCCAGCUGCUGCAGAGGCCCGUCAUGUUGGCCACCAAGCUGUCCAGCUCGCUGUCGUCGGCAGCCCCCAUCCACCAGGUCCGCAUCGUCAACGGCCAGCCCUGCGGCAAGACCGGCUCCACCGCGCUGACUGGCAUCGUCAUCACCACGCCCGUCUCACCUGUGCCCACUCGCCUCGCGAGCCCUGCCCAGGCACCCAGCAACCCCAUCCCAGUCCCAGCCCCACCUCCAGCCCUGCCCAUCCAGAUCAGCAGCCUGACGGUCGAGCCCAAGCAGACUGUUAAAUCAGGAGGAGCCGAGCAGAAGGUCGUCGUCAGCCUCGCCUCCUCCUCCGCCCCUCCACUAUCUCCACCUCCCAGACCCAAGAAGGAGGAGAACCCAGAGAAACUGGCCUUCAUGGUGUCUUUGGGUCUCGUAACACACGACCACCUGGAAGAGAUUCAGAGCAAACGGCAGGAGAGGAAGAGGAGAACGACGGCCAACCCGGUGUACAGCGGAGCGGUGUUUGAGCCGGAGAGGAAAAAGAGCGCAGUGAGUUACCUGAACAGCCCUCUGCACCAGGGGACCAGGAAGAGAGGUCGCCCACCCAAAUACAGCAGCGUCCCGGAGCUGGGCAGCCUCACCCCGACCUCCCCCUCCAGCCCCGUCCGUUCCCUCCCCCUGCCCAGCCCCAGCUCUGGGGAUGGAGACAUCCAUGAGGAUUUCUGCACUGUGUGCAGACGCAGUGGCCAGUUGCUCAUGUGUGAUACGUGUUCGCGUGUUUAUCACCUGGACUGCCUGGAUCCACCCCUGAAAACCAUUCCUAAAGGCAUGUGGAUCUGUCCAAAAUGUCAAGAUCAGAUCCUGAAAAAAGAAGAAGCCAUUCCCUGGCCCGGCACCCUGGCUAUCGUUCAUUCCUACAUCGCUUACAAAGAAGCUAAAGAAGAGGAGAAGCAGAAGCUGAUGAAGUGGAGUUCAGAGCUGAAAGUGGAGCGAGAGCAGCUGGAGCAGAGAGUGAAACAGCUCAGUAACUCCAUAACGAAAUGCAUGGAGACCAAAAACAGCAUCCUGGCCCGUCAGAAGGAGAUGCAGCUCUCUCUGGACAAAGUUAAACACCUGAUUCGCCUCAUCCAGGCGUUCAACUUCAACCAGGCUCUGGCAGAGACGGAGAGUAAGGAUGUCCGGGUGCAGGAGGGCACUCAGAGAGGGGUCAGCAAUGAAGCUGCACUGGAAACCAACUCUGUGGAGAAGGUGAAGGUGGGGGGGUCCUCAGUCAGCAGCACACAGGAGGAGCACCAAGCAGCGGCAGGAGGAGAUCCCAACAGCCAGCCCGACAACUCAGUCUUAACGGCGGGGGGGAAGGUGGAGCCAGCGGUCGGGGGUCACACAGAGGUGGGUCUCAUGGUGGAGGCAGAGUCCAAGCCUGAGGCUGAGGCGGCUCCAGUGGGUGACGUUCCCGCCACCAACGGGACAAGCGAUCCGCAAGGCCCAGACCACGGCCCCGACCGCGGCCCUGUCGCCAACGCCACCAACAACUCUGAGAACAAGAUGGCUGCCGUCAGCCCUCCAGAGACAGCAGUUGAGAAGAAGCAGGAGGAGGCAAGCGCCGGCAGCAACACUACCAACAGUAAAACCUCAGAACCCUCCCAGCAUUCUUUGCCAGCUCUCGUCAGCAGUUCGGACGAUAAAAAGUAACGCUACGUCUCCGGAGCCGGGAUGCUAACGUAUAUAUAAAACAGACUCUGCUUGCACCCAACGGUGCCCUGAAGUUGCCAAUCUGUAUAAAUGUUGUUUGUUUGCAUUGUAUUGUCAGACUGUGUCAAUGGUAGAUAUACAGCCCAAGUCAAAUGACUCUGGGACGCCGUAGGGCGCUCCGCCCACAGAGCUGGGUCCAGGGCGACGUGCGUACCGGGUCAUCAUGCCAAUUAGUGAUAGACAUCAUGGUGGGAAUGCUCAAAGGGUGAUUUAAUUCAUCAUCACACCGGUGUGUGCCUGUUACAGUGGCCCCUGAGUUCUCCUGGGGUGGAGGUGGUUACCACGGAGAAUCGGACAUCUGUCAGGGGUAACUGGUCCAAGAAGCAGUGUUGUGAUAGUUCGUGUCCUGAAAAGAGAACCUGUCCAUCCCCGCGUCCCUUCAAACAUGGUGUGAACAACCUUCUGGCGUCCUGUCGUCCUGAUAACAUGAUCCAAGACAUUCCCACUGAACUUCUGAUCCCAAACAUUCCCUCUAAAUUCCUCCUGAUCCCAAACAUUCACAAUAAACUCCUUUCUGAUCCCAACUUUCCCCACUAAACUCCUCCUGAUCCCAAACAUUCCCACUAAAUACCUCUUGAUCCCAAACAUUCCCUCUAAAUUCCUUUUGAUCCCAAACAUUCCCAAUAAACUCCUCCUUGAUCCCAAGCUUCCCCACUAAAUUCUUCCUGAUCCCAAACAUUCAUACUAAACUCCUCCUGAUCCCAAACAUUCCCACUAAAUACCUCUUGAUCCCAAACAUUCCCAAUAAACUCCUCCUUGAUCCCAAGCUUUCCCACUAAACUCUUCCUGAUCCCAAACAUUUAUACUAAACUCUUCCUGAUCCCAACUUUUCCUACAAAAUUGCUCCAGAUCCUAAACAUUCCUACUAAACUCUUCCCGAUCUCAACUUUUCCCACUGAACUCCACCCGAUCCCAACUUUUCCUGCUAAAUUGCUCCUGAUCCCAAAUUUUCCCACUAAAGUCUUCCUGAUCCCAACCUUUCCUACUAAAUCUAUCCUGAUCCUAAACUUUCCCACUACACCCCUCUUGAUUCCAAAUUUCCAACAAGAAAUAACUUGACUAAAAACUGAUCAUCCAGGAACUUUGAAGGGUUCAGUUUGCUUCAAACAUGAUGGUAGAAACAAGAGCUUCCAGAAAGUCCCAUCAUGGAGUUUGAUUAAUAACCUGGAAGAUCAGAGGAACCAGGAGAGAAAUGUCAAGCAUCACUUCCGGUCAUCAGUGUCUGAAAAUGUAGAAAUUCCAAGAUCAUUCUUCAAUAGGAAUUCCACCAUAACUUACUAAUUCUCUUCAGCUCCUAAACGAUCCACCAGAACCUCCUGGUGAAGCUGAUCCAGUCUGCUUCCACCAAACACAUCUAACACAAUGAAAUCAGACCGCUGUGGUUUGUGUGGUCUAAAAGACGUCCAUCCUUAACCAGUCAGCUGGAGGACUAAACCAGUAACCAGCCGGUAGUAAAAGUCCUGGUUCACCUGAUCCACCAUGACCUCUUGUGGUUGGAUGUUUCUACUUGGACUCAGACAGCAGGGGUGCUGCUGCUUCCAGCUGCAGAAGAAACAGGAAGUCUGGUGUGAUCUGAUUGGUCUGAUCUGACCCCUCCCCCAUUCUUUUUAACUGAAGUUAAACAUAGCAUUUCAUUGGAGGAAAAGUUACGACACGUUUAAAUGUCCAUUGAAGAGAAGUCGAGUUAAACGCCUGACCUUUUGAAGCAAGCUGAUGCCUUCACUGUCUUCUGGAAAGCCAACAUCCCAGCGUUCCUGCCCCGGUAGCCCCACCCACGUCCUGGGCUCAGGCGGACGGCAAGGACGGCGAAGGUUGUCCCCGUGGGGGCGGGGACGAACAGGCAUGGUAGCCUAACAGAUGUUUUCAGUGGUGUCGGUCCAGUGUAGUGAUUGAGUUUUCAUUCGUGAGUCAAGUGUGUCAACUGUGAGCACUAAAUGUGAAACUGCAAUAUUGCAACGUCAACACACACAAAUUUAUCUGGGCUGUGUUUCUUUUUAUAGGAAAAGAUAUUCAGGUCUUCCUAGUCCUCAGAAUAAGUGCUUUCUGUUCCUGAACCUGGAAUCAUCAACACAAAGAGGAAAUGGUGAUCUUUGCAUUCUGUGCAUUUCUGCCAAAAUGAUCCAACUUCAGCAGGGACUCGUCCACUUCCUGUACCAACAGAUCAAAUCAUUGGCGUUGUAUGAGGUGGCAGUCCCCAGACUGAGACAGGAGAGCUUAUCAAACAAUAAGACGAGAGGAACUCUUUCUCUCCUCCAGACGGAGGGAUUUGUUGUGGAUCUGAAGGACGACACAGAUCCUGAGAUUAAAGCACAAGCUUGCUGCAUUACAAAGAAGUGCUGAAGAGCUUUUUGUAUGUGAACGUGGAAUUAAACAGAGUAUGCAUCUCUUUGUUGUCAUGUGACUUAUCCCCACAUUGCCAAUAUUUUUCUGGGAGGGAAUCCCUUCCUGUGUGUGACGGCUCUGAGUGGCGGGGCUUCAACCCCCUCAAGGUUCGGUUGGUUGGCUUGGCGGCUGUCCGUCGAGCCCUUCGUGACUCCUGGUUUCUGGUUGGGUACGGGGCAAUAACCAACUGCUCUGCGCAUCAAUGGUGCCUCUGGUUCUGCUGAAAUCUCUGUUUGCUUUUUUGUUUUGGUUUUGAUUGGGGUUUUCUGACGUGGCGUUUGCCCCCACUGUGAGGAAAAUCCUUAUUUAUCAACAGCUUUGAUCCAUGGAUUGGUCGGCUUUCCUGUUGGGGAUGAAGGCGGGUUUGGGUGACUCCAAACGAGCCAUUUUGGGUGUCUUUUUUGUUUUAAUCUCAUAUCACGAGGACUCAGCAUAUCUGACACCUGAUUUUGUGACAUCAGCUGUACAAACUGCCUCCAUACAGAAAAAAACCCGCCUGACUGGCCACAGUCGGUCCAGCACGGACCCAAGACUCUGACAGGAAAUGGCAACCAAAGUGUCCCGCUUCCUUUCAACACCAUAAAUUGUUGCGUGAUUCGUUCUGUCGCCGUCCUUGGGUGGAUGUUUCUUCUUCUCUUGUCGUCUGGUCUCUGGUGUUCCAGGCGGACCAGACCUUUUCCCUCUGUACAGUAGGUACCUCGAGUGCCUUUCUUCAAACAGCAGAUAAUAUUUGUCUCUUGACUUGCACUGUGACUUGUAGAACCUUAUGAACCCUCCGGACAUCCCUCCACCGACCGCGACUCCGGAGCGACACCCGGUCCUGUCACCUCAGGCCGCCAGCAGCCGAUGCGAGUUCCACCUUCAUCCGUUUCCAGUCCACCACACGUGUUUUGUUGUCGUUUGUUCUAGGAGUUGCCUUAAAUGUGUUUUUAUUUUCCGUGGUAAAACUUUUCUCUCUGGGGAACGGGAGUCCAUGGAGAAGAUGAAGAAAUCUCACUUGGAGCUGUUUGUUGACGCACUUUUAGUUUGACCAGUAUUAUUCUCGGAGUGAGAGCCGUCAGGGUCCACAGCCCCCAUCUUUCCCCGCAUGUGUUUGUUUUGGUUUUAGAGGAGGGAUGCUGAAUCAGGUCGCGCGACCCAGAGCCUGAGCGUGAUCGGAGCGAACAAACAUGGCGGAGCGCAUGCCUUCUUAUGCAAGUUUUUAUACGAGGUUUUGUCGAACAUUUUUUUAUAUGCAUUUCUGUUUUUUAUGUUUUUACGUGAAACUUUAGUCACUUUUUUUAUUCUUUGAACCUUUUGGCAUCUUGAUGCUGAACAUGUGCAGUUUCCUCAUUGCAGCAGCCAUUUUUUUAUUUAGUGGGCGGAGCUUUGGGCGUUUCAGUCAUCGGUGUAAGAAGUGUUCUAGCUUCUGGGCUGCGCGAUCGACUGCACAUGCUCAGCAGUUCUCCUGAUUCUUGUGUUUCUGGACCGGUUCUGAGGUUUUAGUUGCAGUACCACAAAGAGCCACUGGGGAAACUUAGUAGCUGUGGGUUCGGCUCUGUUUGAGCUGAGUGUUGGGAUCCCAGCAGAGGUGCCUGGAGGGGUGGAGGGGGGGUCGGGGCCCGAGCCCGUCUAAAUUGUUCCUUCGUUAAGGUCUAAAAGUGAGUUUAUCCAAAGAAGUGCAAACUGUCGCUGCAUAUCAGCCAGACAUGGUCCGAGUGGACCAACCGGACGAAGCGGCGUCUGCCGGCUCCACGAUGCGUUCAGAGCUCUGCAGGGCGGUUCCCGUGAGGCCGUUCGCUCCGACUCCCGUCUUUUCUUCUAAAGCGAUCAAGUCAUGAUUGUGGCCUUCUAGUAUUCUGUCAGUUCCUGACGUCAUUAAUCGGUUGUUCCCGCUCAGCAUCCAUCCAUCCAUCCUUCCAUCCAUCCAUCCAUCCAUCCUUCCAUCCAUCCACCCAUCUGUCCAUCCUGUUCGGACCCAACUGUACACCUGCAGCUUCUUACCUCAUCCACAGCUGAUUCCAUUGGGGUGUGUUGAGUGCAAAAAAACCCUAAAAAAAUAAAAAAUAAUAAAGUUUAAAAAAAGUAAAAGAAAUCUUUUUUAUCUUCCAUUUGGUGGGAUGCAUUGUAGCGACAUGAAUAAAGGAAAAGUUCACCUGGUGUGCUGAAUAAUGUGUAAAUUGGUAAUUACACAAUCUGAAUAUUUGUAUAAUUGUUUGUAUUUUUUCAUAAUGAUUUUGGAAAGGAAUGUGUUUAUUUUUUGACUUCUGUUCCAGAUGUGUCUUCUGUUGGCCUGACAUUGUGACUGGUCUGGUGGGAUUCUUACCUCUGUAUUGAGCCUCUUCUGUGACGAAUUCUUUGUAUGCAGUGUUUAGGAAAUACUGUAGGGAACAUGGGGAGGAGUUGAUAUUAGGAGCAUUUGAUCAAUUUGUAUUUAUUUAUUUUAUCAUUUUGUUAAUAAAUUGUGAAAAG